GCGCACUGCUGGUAGAAGGGCCGAUCAACCCAGGACCCUCAACAGUAUUAUUUAUUGAAGAUCGGAUGUCAUGCCGCAUUAGGCUAAGCGGCAAAAUGCUGAAGCUCGAUGAUAAUGGGAUCGGAUAAAUAUUAUUUGCGACCCCGGCGGAUUCUCCAGUGACAAAAGGCGGAAUGAAGCAAGCGGUAUACGACAUACACGGGCAGGAUACCAGGCAGUCAGCAAAGACGAGACUGAUUCGAGAUGUUCCCUACACGCGCAUUAUUGAAGCGAUCGGUAUGGAAGGGCCCGAAUAUUGUCCCUCUCCCGCUACCAAAGACCAUGCCUCCACCGCCCGGCACACCCGCGAUAAAGACCCAAGCGCGCUCUGCGACGAUCCUGCCCAAUUUCGUCGGCUUGAAGUUUGCGGUGCAUAAUGGCAAGGUGUACAAUGAGGUGUAUAUUACCGAUGAGAUGGUGGGGAGGAAGUUGGGGGAGUUUUCGCAGACACGGAAGCGGUUCAGAUAUGAGCAUUCCAAGAAUUAAGUAUAUGUAUACCUAGGAACGGGGGAUGUGUGGCUGGUAGUAUGUUCCACAUGGGCGCUGAAGUCGUAGCGGUUUGGAUAUUGCUACUGUUGCUGGUCUCGUCGUGGGAUUUUCGUGUUUGGAGCGGAAGGAAUGGAUGUUGAGCAAUUUCUUCGACGAGGGAUAGAUAACACAUCCUUUAAUGUUCCCGGUGUGCCGUGUGCUGUUUCCCACGCAAUAACAACAGCAACAACAACAAUCGACCUAUCUACCAUGGAAAUGGAGCGGCGGAAGGUUGGAUAGAGGGGCAGGAAUGAGAUGUCGCGGCGAUAUCGAGCCCCGCCUGAUCUCUUGUGAGCAGUAUUGAAUGAGAUGUUUGCAAACGGCCCCAGGGAGGUGUAGGGGGGGCUUCAGAUCGUGUAGCCCGGUAAAGUUUUUUCUAUUUCCUACAAAAAUUUAGAGCGGGCGUCCAGGAUUGAUUUUGGGAGAAAAAUCAAAAGGUUCUUCUUUACUUGUUCCUGCUUUGUAUAUGUAUAUAUAUUUUAUUGUAUAUUAGAAGUCCAAUAAACUUUUCGUUGCUAUCAUA